AUGGCUGUGUCCAAAAAAUCAACGCCAGACGAGGAAAAGGGUCCUCGCGGAGGCCAAACAUCAGGGGACAACGUAGCCGCACAAAGAAAAGGGUCCUCUGCAUCGAACAAGAAUUAUUAUUCGGCUCAAUCAAACAUUGAGAAGUCUGGCAACCCUGAAGAGAAGCAAAAAGGUCGUCCAAGCGAUUUCUUUAGGAUAUUCAAGCAUGCGGACGGUCUUGAUCGCCUACUAUAUGUCGUUGCUUUCACAGGAGCCGUCGUCGUUGGUGCCGCUCUUCCGCUCAUGACUAUCGUGUUUGGUCAGUCAACGAGUUCUUUCAACGCCUAUGUAACCAGCAAGGACAGCGCGGCACAGUUCGAAGACAAUGUUAAGCACCUUAUCCUCUACUUUGUUUAUUUGUUUGUUGGUCGGUUUGUCAUUGGAUAUAUUGGAACGUUGUGCAUCUGCAUUGCAGCAGCCAGGACAACCAAUGCCCUCCGAAAGGCCUUUCUGGAAAGUCUGCUCAGGCAAGACAUUGCUCAUUUCGACCUGCAUGAUGGCGGUUCAACUGCCACUCAAGUGACAACAAACGGUCAUCUGAUCAAUCAAGGUAUUGCCGAAAAACUAUAUACAUUUGUCAUGGGACUCUCUUUAUUCUUCUCGUCAUACAUUGUUGCACUUUCUAUCCAGUGGAAACUUGCUCUUAUUACUAUGAGUAUUGUUCCCGCCAUGGUUUUGACUGUAGGAGCAUGUGUGUCUCUUGACGCUCCCAUCGAAGCUCGAAUUGUCCAAACCUAUUCACGUGCUGCAAAUCUCGCCCAAGAUGCGCUGAGCUCCAUCAAAACUAUUCAUGCCUUUGGGGCAGAGCCAAGACUUGUUAAGUGGUACAACGAGUACCUAGAAACAGCACACAGAGACGGAGACAAGAAGUCGUUCAUUCUGGGAGUACUCUUCGCGACGUGGCCAGGUUAG